AUCAAAAAGUUUUUCAGUUGAGUUUUUCGUUAUCACGAAUUGAUAUGAAUUUUUGUGGUUCUAAAAACUUUUUGUCUUCUUUUCACCAUAACUUCCUUUUUGAUUAAUACCAAGAAAGCGUUUUUAAGUGAUUGAAUAUGGAUAACAUAAUCGAGUGUAUUUACAAGUCUUGUGAUGAAAACAACAAAAAUUUAGUUUCAGUUUCAUCGUUGAUUGAUUUUAUUAACCCUUAUAUGCCCAAUAAUUUAAGUGAACUUAAUGAGUUGAAAUCACAACUAGAUCCCGACUCUGUAAAUCCUCAUAUUGGAUACUCAUUUUUUGAAAGUGUUAUGAGCGAUUGGAUUAAAAAAAUGCAGGGCGAUAAUAUCAACUCAGGUUUAUCAGAACUCCAUUGUAGUCUCAGCCAGAACUUUAGUCUGUCCCAAAAUGAAUCUAUUAAGUCAAAUAACAACAACACAUGUAAUGUGAAUUUAGAGGAACAAAUUUGGGAUUUAAAAUACCAGUUAAAUAAAGCUGUUUCUGAAUUAGAUCUUGUCAAGCAGCAAUUAGCUGCAUCAGAAGAACAAAAUGAAGGAUUGAUUGCUGACUUAAAGUCGUUACACAAAAUGCAACAACGUGAACAACAUGUGAGUGAGCAGUCUUGUGCGGAUACAAGUGACAAUUAUGAGAAAGAUGAGGAAGUAAAUGCGGCUAUGAAAGAGCGCGAACAGCUACAAAAACUUCGGGCAAACUACGAGAAGCAACAAAAACUUUAUUUGGCUCAAAUUAAUGUACUUGAAAGUGAGAAUCAAGUGUUAAAACAGAAAUUAACAACAUGUGAAAAAGUAAACAAAAAAAAUAAAACAACCAUGAUAGAUCUACAAGAUGAUCUAGAACUAAAAGAUGCAGAAAUAACGACUUUAAGGGAAGUUAUCGAUAAUUUGAACUCUCAGUUAGAGGAAAAAGUAGAGUUGGUCAAUUUUUACACCAAAGAGCAAAACUUAGCUAAACAGAGAAUUCAUAAUUUGGAAGAUUUAAUUCGUAACAACACACCUCGUAGUAACAAACCUGUGUUACUAGAAAAUGAUUUGAAACGGUCAUCCAAAUCCACAUUUAAUUCUCCAAAAUUGUUAAAUCAACUGGCACACCCAGUUACUCCCAGAUUAUCAAACAGUCCGAUAAAUUUAAAAGAUUGCGCCAGUAGCAGUCCAAUUAAUUCUUCCAUGGAAAGUACUAAUUGUAGCAUCUAUGAUAUCUCAAAUAUUGGUGUUGUAACGUUACGAAGUCCUCGGAAAAGUCUCCAACAAGAAUUAGCAGAAAUUAAUUCUGAGAAAGUUGACGAAGGGGAAGAAGUGACACGCUUAUAUAAAUUGGUGAAGGACCAAGAGGAAAUCAAAAAUAAUCUUUGGCAAAAUAUGAAGGAAUUGUGUUGUGAGAACGAGGUUCUGCGUGAUAAUAAGAAAGAACUUACUAAUCUUAUAAAUGCACUUAACGAAAAAGAUGAGAUUAUUAAAAAUCUAAAAGUUGAAUUAGAUAAUAUCACACAAAAAGCUGCGAAAGCGGAUUAUAAUAACUUGAUUCAAGUUGUUGCGGCAGAAUUGUCUAAAGUUGACACUAAUUUACGCGAACAACUCUCUAUAGAUGAUGAGAUUCAAGAAAAUCUUGCUGUUUUAAGUAAUCAACUGCACUGGGAGGUGUCAGACAAACUCAAAAAUGCUUUUGAAACAAUAAAAACUCUAAAGCUGAAACUCAGAAAAGAGCAAAUUUUGAAUUCAAAUUUGCGAGCUAAAUUGUGCCAAAAGUCCACCGUUGACAAAGCAACCGCAACCUUCAGUGAGGAAUGCAUGUGGCAUGUGCCCAUCGUUAGCGAAUCAACCGAUCCCAAGAAGACAAACUUUGCCAAACAGCAAAUGCGACUUGAGCGAAUGUUGGAGAAACAAGAAAAGACGGAGAAAGAACUCGUUAGAGAAAAAUGUAUCAAUACAAAACUAAUGUCAAAGUAUGAAAAAAUGUGCACUGAGAAAGAGAUACUCGCAAAUGACCUCGUUCUGUGCCGUGAGAAAAUUUGCAACCAGACGAAAACGAUUGAAGAGUUGAUCGCUUCGAAAAAAGCUUUGUUUGAUAGUUUAGGAGUAAUGGAAACAGGAGCUGAAAUUCUACAAACCGAAAACAAUCAACUGAGAGAUGAGACAUUGAGCCUGGCGAAGGAGAAUCACAACUUGAAUGAGAAUCUACGCGAUUACAUGAAUAAACUUUUAGUAGAAGCGACUAUGACGAGUAAUCUGCGGACAGAAAUCAGUUUCUUGGUCGAGAAGAACCAGGAUUUGGAGAAAAAUAUCACAGGCAGAAUUGCCAAGGAAGGUAAAUUGAAGAACCAAAUUAUAAAUACGAGAAUGACAUGUGAUCUGGCGAUUGCGAAGUUGUGCGAUGAGCUAUCUGAGAAAACCAAUGAAAUAAGGAAUUUGCGAAAGCAGAUUGAGGAUAUGAAUAUUGAUGCGUUUUUGUCUACAAGUAAUAGAGAGUUAAGAUGUGCAAUCUUAGAUAUUUUCGAUCAUUUCAAUUGUGAUCGUGGUGUGCUAGAGGAAGAAGAGGGUGUAACAAACGCAGAAUUUGUCCUAGAUAUAGAAAAAGAAAUGGUUCUUUUGAACAAUAACAUCAAACUCAUUAAAUCUUUAUCAGAAUUAAAUCAAAAUCAAUCAACUGAACAAAGUGAGGACUCCGAUGAAGCUUUCGAUAAAUUGCAAGAAAUUUCCAUGAACCAGGAGCUUCUGGAGGACACGUUUCUUUCUUGUACCAGUCAAAUUUCUCACAGUGAACAGGAUAUGUUUGAAGCAAUACUCCCCCUGCAAUACGACUCAUUUUUGGAUAAUUUAGAGUUAGAAGAGGUCGAUUUAAAGCAAUUGUCCCACAAAGAGAUUGAGGAAAAAUUCGCAAGUCUUGCGUUAACGUUAACUGUGGAUGUUGCAACGUCAAAAAAGCGAUGCUUGAAUGAAGAAGAAAAGUUUAAUCAACUGAUUUUGAGCUUCUUCACGUACCUGAAUUGUAGUAUGGAUAUUAUGAAGAAGUUGUCCUCUUCUAAAAACAAAAGAAGCCACAAAACAGUCUUGAAUUAUUUGCAGCAGGUGAAGGAAACCGGUGAAAAGCUUGUUAAAUGUGCCGUUGAGUGUGGUGUUCUCCAUUAUGAAAAACGUAUGGCGAAUUGCUGGAAGUUAGUAAUAAAUUAUGUUGCGAUUUUGACUCAAGAAAAUAAGCAAAGCAAAGAGUCUUGUGGCAGGACUAAUGAAAAUCUUGAAACAGAAUCACCUCUUGAGUUAGACAAUAAAAAGGAAGAUGUAAAUGAAAUUUUGAAUGUAAAUGAAAAUGUACUAAUAGUGCCUCAAUUAAGACAAAGCUCGCCUACAAGAACUAAAUGUUAUAUUUGUUUGUUUUUCUUCGUUUUCAUAAUUGUAGUUUUUGCGUUGUUUUAUAUUGAUCAGUUGUGCCCUAAAGACGGUAAGCGUAUUUGUCCAAUUGAGUGGUUAACAAACUUGUUUAUUGAAAAGAAAUACUACGAUGAUCAUUUGUAAUUAUAUAUUUUUUUGCAAAAUACAAUUUUUAAAAUAU